AUGAGCAAGAAGUAUUUAAUGGAUACAAAAUUGAUACGAAAGCGUCCCACCCUUAAAACAUUAUCACAUAAAAAAAUUAAGACCACCAUAUAUAUUAAGAGUACCACGCCAUAUAUUAGUGCACUGAAACGAAUAAAGAAAUUUUUAUCUGAAUUGCAAAAACACGGUGCUAAAUAUGUGACACUUCUUGGUAUGGGUAAGGCUGUGGAGAAAACACUUGCAUUAGGUUCUUAUUUCAGUCAAGAAAAGGGUCAAAAAGUGCAAGUUAUGACAAGGACAAUAAAAGUUAUUGAUGAAUUAAAGGACAUUUCCGAAACCCAAGAAUCUGUGAACGAGGAAGAAGAAACCGAUGAAAACGAUGAAGAGACAUUUUUAAAAAGAAGAACAUUGAGUGGUGUGGAAGUAAGAAUAUUUCCUCUUUAG